GCUUUGAUAAGAGUGUUGUCUGUGUUUAUCACCCAGACUGCUGCAGUUCAGCACCAUGUUGGCUGGAACUUUGGCGCUGGUUUUCUCAUCCUUCAUGUUGAUAUACGGAUCACAGUUAUUUAGCAAGGAGGCUGUGACCUUACGUAGGUCACAAAGAAGCGAUCUUCCAGACUUAUGCUCAGACUUGGUAUUUGAUGCGAUCUUUGAAUGCCCAUCUGGGGGUACAUACGUGCUGAAAGGAAAAUACUAUUGGAAGCUGACUCGAGAAGGGAUAUCAAGUGGAAGUCCUCGUCUCAUCUCUCACAUCUGGCCUGAACUUCCCAGUGACAUAGACGCAGCCACUGCUUUCAGCCGGGAUAGAAUUUAUUUCUUCAAGGGAAACAAGUUUUGGACUUGUUGUUAUUCACACUGCACCUGUGCUUACAUUUCUGUCGGGUGGCCAGGAAUUCCAGACCAUGUGAAUGGAGUUACAUGGGCUGGUGGUUAUAUUUUCUAUUUCUUUAAAGGUGACCUUUAUUGGAGGUUUGAUGCAUCACGGUGUACUCAGGUCCCUGCCUCAUACCCCAAACCAUUAUCAGACUGGGGUAGCAUUAAAGGUCGUGUGGAUGAUGUGCUGUAUGUCGACAGGCAGCAUAUCUACUUCUUCACAAAUGGUUACUACUACCGAUAUGACUGUGUCGCUGCCCGGUGUGACAAUGGGCAACCCAGUCAACCACGUUACCCUCGUCGUACUAGUUUGUUCUUUCAAUGUGACGAAGAAGUGUCAGAACGAAGUGUUUCUUCUGAACCAUCUACUACCAGCACUACAUUGACAAUUAUUGACACUACAACUGCCAGCAGCGCUACUUCUGUUGUAACUAUUAUGAACACUACAACUGCUAGUAGCGCUACUACUAUUAUUUCAAUCGUUGAGACUGCCACUUUCAAUGUCACAGUAGUGGAGGGUGACGAGCCACCACCUGCAAAUGAACCGGAUUAUAGCGGUGGAAUCCUCAGAGAUCAGGAGUUUGAGACGGGACAUGCCGUUAAAAGGACCGACUCAAUCUGCCUUGUCGUCUCUCUGGCUCUCAUUGUUUCUGCUCAACCCUGUCACUGCUUCAGCGCGCUGCCUCACGGACCAGGACUCGGAUGCUUCUGAGAGUGUUUUGACGAGUUGUCUGAUGAGGCGGUUAUAAAUCUCACUGUACUUCCAGACAUGUCUGAUGUGUUCUUUGCCCCACCCCCAGUCUUGAGAAGAAUGUACGGCGACCUUGUGUUCUAGAAACUAAGAGGGUUUAAAAAUGUCUCAUUAAUAGCCAAAGGAAGAGCUCCGUGGAAAUGUACUUUGUUUGUAACUGAGGACAAACUUGUUUAAAGGAAGUUAUUAAAGCAAACCUUGGGAUAUUUUGUAAA